AUGGCGAAAGAUCUCGAAUGUCUUCUCAACCCGAGUACGAUGUAUAAGCCUCGAUCAAAGACGAAGAAGACGAAAUCGAAGCCAACUCCAAAGAAGCCGACUGCGAAGAAGAGAAAGAAGACUCCCGCGUCCUUAAGCGAAGACGAGAGCUCAGAUGAUCCCGAUAACCCUAGCGCUCAAACGGGUACUCAAACCGGUACUAGUGGCCAGACAGACGCUAACAAUCAAGAUCCUCCUAGCACCGAUCAGGAUAAUAGCGACACCGGUAGCCAGACAGACAGGAACAAUCAAGAUCCUCCUAGCACCGAUUAG